AUGGCUACUUCAGAAAUCGAAAUCGUCUCAGAAUCCAACGAGCUCAAGCCCUCCUCCAACGGAAACCCUAACGAAGUCCACAUCGUCGACGUCUUCUCCGCCUCCGCCUACGGCGACUUCGACAAGCUCCGGAAGUUCGUCGAGGACGACGGCGCCUCCGUCUCCCUGCCCGACGGCAACGGCUACUACCCCCUCCAGUGGGCGGCCCUCAACAAUUUCGCCGACAUUGUUCAGUACAUUAUCGAUCGUGGUGGGGAUGUAAACGCGAAGGAUAAUGCGGGGCAGACAGCGUUACACUGGGCGGCAGUUCGAGGAUCGAUUGCAGCUGCGGAUGUGCUGCUGCAGAAUGGGGCACGAGUCGAGGCUGCCGAUGCUAAUGGUUACCGGCCGGUUCAUGUUGCUGCUCAAUAUGGGCAAACGUCUUUCCUGAAUUACAUAGUAGCAAAAUUUCAUGCUGAUUUUGAUGUGCCAGAUAAUGAUGGCAGGAGCCCGUUACACUGGGCUGCUUACAAAGGGUUUUCUGAUACUAUUAGAUUGCUUUUGUUUAGAGAAGCCAGCCAGGGAAGACAGGAUAAAGAAGGUUGCACACCAUUGCAUUGGGCUGCGUUGAGAGGAAACGUGGAGACAUGCAGUGUGCUUGCACAUGCAGGAUCUAAGGAGGAAUUAACGUUAAAGGAUAAAGCAGGAAAAACUCCUAUAGAGCUUGCUUCUGAUAAAGGUCAUCGGCAUAUCGCUCUUUUCCUUUCAAAUGCAUUGCGGGCGCAAAGCAAGCGUUGGAACCACAGGAUGUUCUCUGCACAUGGCAGGGAAGUUGGUUAUGCCCCAAUUCUUUUUUCGUUGGUGGUUAUUAAUACAAUUCUUUUCAUCAGCUGUGCCCUUCUUGCCCCUACUCUGGCCAAGGUAACUGCAAUAGUAGGGCUUUGGGGAUGGACUGCUGUCUCUCUAUCCGUUGGCUCUUUAGUCAUGUUUGUCCGGUGCAGUAGUAAGGAUCCAGGUUAUAUAAACACAGGGAAGAGUGACCAUUCUGAUGCCGAGGAUCCUUUGUUGAACAUUGAUUUGAAUGGCAACUCAGUUUGGGCUGGAAACUGGUCACAGCUUUGCCCUACCUGCAAGAUAAUAAGACCUGUUCGCUCUAAGCAUUGUGCUGUAUGUAAUCGCUGUGUGGAGCAGUUUGACCACCACUGCCCCUGGAUCUCAAAUUGUGUGGGGAAGAGGAAUAAGCGGGAUUUUGUAAUUUUUCUAUGCAUGGGAACUUUGACAGCAUUAACUGGUGGGGCGGUUGCUCUACAAAGAAUUUGGACAUCAGUACCAGCCUCAUCAACUGGAGAAUCAUGGAUUCACUAUGUGAUUUUUAAUCAUCCCGGUUUAACCGCUUUCCUGAUUAUGAAUGGAGCUAUAUUGGUUGCUUCAGCAACAUUACUGUCUGUGCAGGCAACUCAGAUUGCUCGGAAUAUCACUACGAAUGAAGUAGCUAACGCGAUACGCUACGGAUAUCUGCGGGGCCCAGAUGGGCGUUUUAGGAACCCGUACAAUCACGGCUGUUGGAAAAAUUGUUCGGAUUUCAUUAUAAACGGACACACGGAAGAUGAAGAGUUUGCUUGGCCUACUCUACAGCAGACAUCAUCGACAAUUGUUAUGUUGGACACCGGCUGUGGCGUGGCGGUGAGGGCGAGGGCGCCGAUUAGUGUUAUGCCGAACACAGUGAUUAAAGGGCGCGACGAAGGCAGGUUGUGUCAUGAGGAUUCCGGCGACGGGGCUAGUGUCGUCCGACGGCGAACUGUAACUCUGUGUGUGCGCGCGCGUGAAGAAGAGAGUGAUUAG